AUGCCUCUGCCUUUCACUGCAUUGAAGCCCAAAGCUAUAAUGCCUGGAGAAGGAGUUGGUGUCCUUCACUGCAUAGUUGCACAGGUGCCUGGCCCAGGAUUCAGAGAACCUGAAGCAGAAGAACCAGUAGAAGCUGGAGAAACUGUGGAUCGGAUCAUCUUCUGUGUCUUCUUAGAUGUGGACUUCAAAAUCUACAAAAAGAAAAUGAAUGAGUUUUUCCCCACAGAUGAUAAUAAUGAAGAAGAAGAUGUGGACAUGAAAGAAGAUUCAGAUGAAAAUGGAUCCGAAGAGAAGCAACGUACAGAAGAAAUGGAAGGGCAGAGCCAAGAAGCAGAUUCUAUAAAGGAUGAUGAUACAAAAAAAGAUGAAGUAGCAGACCAUUCUGUGCAUGACCAAGAUUAUCCUAAUGGAAAAGAGAAUGAUUCAAUGAAGAAUGAAGUAAAAAUUGAGACAGAGUCCCACAGUUCAUAUAUGGAAACAGAAGAACUUCCAUCAAUCCAAGAGGAUGCCAGGAUGGUUGAGCAACCAGAAGUGAUUCUGAUAGCAGAUGACCAAGAAGAAAAAGGCAGUGAAACUGGUAGGACUGCUCUUAAAGUCUCAAGAAUAGUUUCUUUGGAUUCCUGA